UGCAGGAGCUUAAUUUGGGGUUAAUUAAAACAAACAAAAAACAGCUGUCAACACGGUGAGGCCCCAUGGAGAACUUUGACCUGCCGUCUUUCAGCACACCUUGCGUGAGCGAUCGUUUCCAAGAGGCAUCCGUGCGUUUUCAAACAACACCCCAUCUCUGCAUUAGGACAUGCUGUGUCUGAUCCAGACCGCUCACAUCCACUCGAGAGACGUUUUCCAGUAAUAGAGAUGCAGGACCGUUGUGUAGCGAGAGGCUUUGCCGGUCUGUCCGCGGUGCGCUCCUGCCACCUCCUGCUGCUCCUCCUCCACUUGAGCGCACCGGUGGAGGCGAGGAGAGUGCGCGGCGGGCGAGCGCAAGCUCGCCGGGUGCAGCAGCAGCUGCUUCAGCAGCAACAGCAGCUUCAGCAGCAGCAGCCGGCUCAUGCGUACAGGGAGCGGGCGGAGGGAGCAGAGAGCUUCCCUUUAGACUUUACAGCCGUGGAGGGGAACAUGGAUAACUUCAUGGUGCAGAUUAAGAACUUGGCGCAGUCGCUGUACCCGUGCUCUGCGCAGAAACUGGAGCAAGACAUGAAGCUGCACUUUUUGAAGAAUGCGUCUGUGACGUGCAAUGAUGGGUCGCCUGCAGGGUACUACAUCAAGGAGUCGAAAGGAAGCAAGAGGUGGCUGCUGUUCUUAGAGGGUGGAUGGUACUGUUUCAACAGGCAGACCUGUGUCAGUAGGUAUGAGACCAUGAGGAGACUGAUGAGCUCCACCGAGUGGCCACAAACCAGAACAGGAACAGGAAUUCUGUCUCCCCAGCCAGAGGAAAACCCGCACUGGUGGAACGCCAACAUCGUGUUCAUCCCAUACUGCUCCAGUGACGUGUGGAGCGGAGCCACCCCAAAGACACAUCACAGUGACUAUGCGUUCAUGGGGUCACUGAUCAUUAAGGAGGUGGUGAAUGAGCUGCUGACAAAGGGUCUGGACAACGCCAAGGUUCUUCUUCUUGCAGGAAGCAGUGCGGGCGGCACAGGGGUCCUGCUGAAUGUGGACCAUGUUGCUGAGCAGCUGCAGUCACAUGGCUACACAGGGGUGCAGGUGAGGGGCCUGGCGGACUCCGGAUGGUUCCUGGACAACAAACAGUACAAAUUCACAGAGUGCCUGGACACCAUCAGCUGUGCCCCCACUGAGGCCAUAAAGAGAGGUGUCAGGUACUGGGGCGGGGUGGUGCCUGAAAGCUGCGGACAGGCCCAUGUUGGAGAGGAGUGGAAAUGUUUCUUUGGAUAUAAAGUUUACCCCUCGUUAAAAAGCCCAGUGUUCGUGGUGCAGUGGCUGUUUGAUGAGGCCCAGCUGACCGUGGACAACAUCCACCUGACGGGACAACCCGUCCACGAGGCCCAGUGGAGGUACAUAGAGACCCUGGGGCAGGAGCUGAGGCGCACGCUGCGGGACGUACCGGCGAUGUUUGCUCCGGCCUGCUUGUCUCAUGAGCUCAUAACCAGAAGCUACUGGAUGGACAUUCAGGUGAAGGGCACCUCUCUGCCCCGCGCCCUCCACUGCUGGGACCGCAGCCUCCAGGACAACCUCCACAUCAACGGCAGCCACGGCAACCACAGCCACCACAGGCACAAUACCCCGCCCCUGAGGGGUUGCCCCCAGCAUCUGAUUGACAGCUGCCCGUGGCCUCACUGCAACCCGACCUGCCCGACCAUCCGGGACCAGCUGACGGGACAGGAGAUGAGCGUGAUCCAGUUCCUGAAGCACUUGGGCUUCGAUGUGCAGAAGAUGGCUCAGCAGCAGGGCAUGGACCCCAGGAGGCUGCUGGGAAUUCUGAAUAAUGGGAACUGAGUGAAGCCACUCUGCAGAGACAGGGGAAAGUGCUGGACAUAAAUGGAAGACGCAAACAAAACCGAUGAGAAAACUGUCAGUUCUUCUAAACUAUGUACAAAAUUAACUCAGCAUUUUAAAAACUGAGCAACUCAAAAACUCUCAAGUGCCUCAUUAGUUUUAAACACAUAUCUAUGCCAUUAUAGUGAGGUGUACACAGGUACAAUGAAAGCUGGGUACAGUGUGUGUGUGUGUGUGUGUGUGCGUGUAAUGUAAAUACAUGUGUAUAUGCAGAUGAGACUCGUGGUUCUAAUCUGAAAUAGUCUGAUGAUUUUCGAUGGGGAGGCACCGGCCUGAAAACACCUCUCAGUUUGUGUUGUGGGGAUUUGGUGCUCUCUUCUGUCAUCUCUCAAAAUCACAAUCACAAAUCCAUCUUCGGUGCUGCUGUUUCCACCAUCCACCAAGUAUGCUGCUUUUUCUCAUUUUGAAAAAAUUAUUUAAUGGGUAAUAUUAACAUAUAAAAGGAACACAGAUUUAAGAUUUAUUGCUCUAAUAUUCUCCUUCAGGCAACUUCAAGGUGCUUGCGUAUUUAUUUUUUGACUGAAAAUAUAUUUUAUUUAACGUACAGUUAGAUUAAUGUCCCAAGAAUUUU